AAACCAUUUGUUUAGUAAACAAAACCUAAAACUCAAACCAAAUGUUUGACACAAUUUAGAAAUCAAAUCACAAUUAAAACCCAAAUCCGGACACAAAAGUCAUCGCAAACUUCUUGGACAACAAACGGAUCCACACAAACACCGCCACCGCUUCGGAGGGCCAUGUCUUCGGACGAGAAACCGUUGAUCACCGUAUCGGGUAAUCAGUCUCUAGUGUCGGACCAAUUGUCGCAACAAAUCACUCGGGAUUUACCACAAGAAGGCGUCGAAUGGCAACGAUAAAAAUGGCGAAAACGUAUUCUUCGGAC